GUGUGAUCCGCGUGCGACACAAGAUCGACAACGGAGGACAUGGAAGCCGUGCUGAACAUGCUGGUCACUCUGUGGCUUUUUAAAAAUCCAGCGUCGUGAUCUUGUGCAAAACUAUGCUAUCAAAUACUUCCAGGCAGUUCUGACACCAAAGAACUGAAUGCAAUCCCACACUUCUCAGAUUUCUGGUCGGUUCAUCGCAUCACUGUGUGCCACCUUGUCUCCAUCUUUUACAUAAAAUCCCAAUGAAAAAUACUUUGAUAUUUUUUGGUUGCAACAUGACACAGCAUAUAAAGGCUGCUUACUGUCAGCUGACUAAUGAGAAGCGUUGGACUCGAAGUCUGCUGUUGAAUAUUGUUGUGAAUUGGCACUAUGCAGACAAAGUGAGUUACACGUUCAGUCAUUACAUGCAAAGAUCCGUGUUUACAAGCAGAACGAUGGAAUCGGCUGUAGCAAAAAAAGUUUGCAGGAUACAGUUGAUCUGCUUUGGGCCACCAUUGGAAGCACCGUUUCAAAUUCAUGCCAGCAUCCACAGGAAUGUGUCACAGACCCAGGAACGGGCCCAGGAUGAGAUCUUCUGGCAUCUCGGGUGACGUUUCCUCAUAUCCCCCAUCUUCCCUGUUUCUCUCUCUCUCUCCCUCUUUCUCUCUUUCUCUCAGCUGACAGUGGGAAUUCAUCACCCGUUGUCAAUGUUCUGAAGUUUUCCCAAAUAUGACUUUCUAUUAGUACACGAGUGCUGCCAUGGACACGGCUCCACAGCCUGCGAGCCGGGCUGCCGCGGGCGGCACAAUGCAUUAGCACACGAUGAGCUGUCAGAGAGGAUUAUUUCAGCCACCACAGUCAGCGAAGGGGGUGGGAGCUGCUCUGCUGCACUGAAGCAAGGAGAAAGAGUGGGUGGGAGACAAAUAAAGGAAAGAGGAAUCACACAGAUAGAGGAUAGAGCGGAAAGAGUCAAACAACAAAAAAAAAAACAAAACAACAACAACAACAAAAAAAAGUGUCCGUUGCAUCAGUUGGAUUUUCUUUUCCAGAGCACCGAUGUUGGAGCACUCCUCUGAGCUGGCUCUGGUGCAGAGUCUGUAUGCCAACAGCAUGCGCUGCCCCCCCUCUGCGGCCGGGAUCUCUGUCAGGAAUGAGGACCUGUCUAUGAGCAACGGCAACGGGAGCAAGAUGAAUGGGUCACUGGAGCACAUGGACCAGCCCGACCCCGACGCAAUCAAAAUGUUUGUGGGACAGAUUCCCCGGUCCUGGACGGAAACAGAACUAAAAGAACUUUUUGAGCCCUUUGGACCCGUGUACCAGAUCAACAUUCUGCGUGACCGGACUCAGAAUCCUCCUCAGAGUAAAGGAUGCUGUUUUGUAACUUUUUAUACAAGAAAAGCUGCACUGGAGGCCCAGAAUGCACUGCACAACAUAAAGACCUUAAGUGGGAUGCAUCAUCCUAUCCAGAUGAAACCUGCUGACAGUGAGAAAACAAGUGCAGUGGAAGACAGAAAACUGUUUGUGGGAAUGGUUUCGAAGAAAUACGGCGAGAACGAGGUCAGAAUGAUGUUCUCGUCUUUCGGACAGAUCGAAGAAUGCCGAAUCCUCCGGGGACCGGACGGUCAGAGCAGAGGCUGUGCGUUUGUCACAUUUGCUACCAGGGCAAUGGCACAGAAUGCAAUCAAAACCAUGCAUCACUCUCAAACUAUGGAGGGUUGUUCUUCACCUUUGGUUGUAAAGUUUGCUGACACCCAGAGGGACAAGGAGCAGCGGCGCCUGCAGCAGCAGCUCGUGCAGCAAAUUCAGCAGCUUAACAACGCCUCCACCUGGGGAAACCUGGCAGGGCUGGGAACCCUGACACCGCAGUAUCUCGCGUUGCUGCAGCAGGCGACAUCAACCAGUAAUCAAAGCAGUUUCAACGGCAUUCAGAGGCUAGGAGCAGGUGUGAAUCCUCUUCAGCUGCAAAACCUGGCCACGUUGGCUGCGGCCGCAGCUGCAGCCCAGAGCUCUGCCAGCCCGACUUCAACCAGCGCUCUGUCAACCAGCAGCGCAGCCCUGGGGGCUCUCGCCAGUCCUGGCUCAACAGCAGGGUCCAGUGCUGGUGCUGCCAUGAACACCCUGGCCUCUCUGGGUACACUGCAGGGUCUUACUGGCACCUCUGUGGGCCUCAACAACCUUAAUGCUCUCACUAGCGGUGUCAGUGGUAUGGGGGCCAUGAACGGAGCCCUGGGAGCCUCCAUGGCCAACGGCUCGGCUGCAAGUUCCAUGGAUGCACUGACACAGGCCUACUCAGGGAUGCAGCAGUACACGGCCUCAGCCCUGCCCUCCCUCUACAGCCAGUCUCUGCUGCAGCAGAGCGUGGCUGGCAGUCAGAAGGAAGUAGGGCCAGAGGGCGCCAACCUGUUCAUCUACCACCUGCCGCAAGAGUUCGGGGACCAGGAUCUUCUGCAGAUGUUCAUGCCUUUCGGAAACGUGGUCUCUGCCAAAGUCUUUAUUGACAAACAGACCAAUCUGAGCAAAUGCUUUGGGUUCGUCAGCUAUGACAAUCCUGUCUCCGCGCAGGCUGCCAUUCAGGCCAUGAACGGUUUCCAGAUCGGCAUGAAGAGGCUGAAGGUUCAGCUGAAGCGCUCCAAGAACGACAGCAAACCCUACUGAUCCUUGCCUGGGGCCUCCCCCCCAGCCCCCUCCCCAGCUCAGUUCUAGCACUGCUAGGGUAAGUUCACCCUCCUGCCAAGGUCACCACAGCAGAGACUCAGGGGGGGGUCAAAGGGGACAGGAGCCCACCACGGGAGGAAGACUCACCCUUUUCCUUAAACAGAAAAACGAGAAAAAAAAGGUUGCUAAGAUCUCUCCACGUUUUUGCUGUAUUUCAUUCCUGCGGUUUUUAUUAUGUACUUUUGAGUCUGAAAUAUUUUAAUGUAUAUGAUUAUUUAUGACUAUCACUGGAGUCAGUGUUUGCUGGAGGUAUUUUCUGUCACUGUAUUUAGUGGAGAGCAUCAGAUGUUUCCAUGCCACUUCAUUGCCUUCAGGUCAAGUGAGCCAGGUUGACUAAGGAUCAGUUGUUGUUGUUGAAGGGCUGAAGCGAGGCCACACAGACCCUGAGCCAGAGCUUCAACCUGCUUUUCACUUCUCAUCUGUAGUCUGUCUCAUGUCGUGUCGUCGUGAAUAUCUAGCAGUCUUUUCCGUUUCCCCUCUUCUGUUUUUUUUUGUCUGUUUACAUUCAUUGUCUAAGCCAUUUUAAGCUAGGCUACCUCUAUUUUUUCCCCCCCUCUAUUAACAACCUCCUCCAGUCUUUCCAUCCAUCCUCCAAGUCUCCCACAAGGGACUGGGCUCUAGAUGGAUCUCUUUCGGUGCCAAGUAUAAAAGUAUGUGCAUGUCAGAGUCUGCCAUAAGUCCUAGUGGUGUCACUUCUGUAAAUCGGUGUGUUGUGUUUUUGUGUGUCGGGAGAGAGGGUGGGGGACGUGUUUACCCUGCUGUCCUUGCUGUUAUGUGGUGACUUGCAUUAUUUUUUUUGUUUAUUGUGCCUCAUGGCUUAAAAAAAAAUUCUUGUGCUGUGCCCCUAACUUUCUCUUCUCUCCUCUUUGUCCUGUCUCUCCUCUCUCUCUCUCCCCCUCUCUCUUCGUGUUUUUGUUCCUUUUUUAGAACAAAUCUCCAUGCCUGUUUGCUCAUCAUUAGCCUAGCAUGUCUUCAUGAUGUUGAAAGCCAAGCCAAACCCCCUCUCCCUGGCCUCAUCAUCCCACCAUUGUCUGUGAUGUCUCUCUAAGCUCGCCUGACCAAUACCCGGCCACCCACUGACCCUGACCUUAGCUCAACCUGAUUUUUCUGCAUGUAUGAUCAUGUUUUUUGUUUUGUUUUUUUUGUUUUUUUUCUGCUUUUUUUCUAUAAGAAAAUGUGAUGGGCAGGAGAGAGGUCAAGCAUAUUAAUGUGAAAACUUAGCUGCAAUGAUUUCAUUGAAGAGAUGUUUUUCUUUUUUCCUGUUAAUAUUUUAAAAACCUGUGGGAUUUCUAAGUUUUAAUUUAGCUAUGUAUUUUCUUUUUACCUCUCUCAGUAAUAGUUCACUUGAAAGUUGAAUACAGGGAUUGGCACACAUAUGUGCUAUUUGGUGCCAUUAGCAAUAUUUUGGCUUCUUAAAGGAAAAAAAAAAACAAAACAAAAAAAAAAAAGAUCCUACAGACCACUUUUCCAACAUUUUUUCAAAGUCUGACCAGUAAAAGUCGCUCUCGGCGAUCCCGUUUCGAUCUCUACAUUAUGUGGGCAGUGUGACGAUUUACAUCAAGGCUAUUUAAAAUAUUUUCUUUUUUUUUUCCAUUUACAAAAAAAUGAGUGUAUUUACCUUUUUAUUAAACUAUCAAUGGCACAAUAAAAGGUACAUUUGCUCUGCUGAGAGAAAUGACUACCUACAUGAGUCAACUUUUUUAGAACUGAUUCACAAAUAGACAAUCUGUGGUUUAAAUGCACACUUAGAUUACCUAUAUUUUGUACCAUUGAAUCUAUAGAGGUUUAACUAACAACCCAGGCACAACUUUGGGUUUUUUUUGUAGAUUUUUGUUGUAUUGUCAUCUAUGUUGGGGAGUGGGAGGGGGGGGGGUAUUUUCAGAUUUAUGGUCUUUUUUUUUUUUUUUUUUCUUUAAAAAAAAAAAAAGGACUAAAAUGUGAGUUUGGUGACCAUUUGCGGGUCAUUUGUAGUAAAUUUAGUAAAAUUCGGGUUUAAUUAAAAAUGACAUCUGGUUUAAGAAUUUUAAGGGUCAAAUUUUGAGGCUAAUUUUAUUUUAAUUUUUCUUUUCCUGUUAUAUAAAGUGUUCGACUUCAAAGGUACGUCUUGUUGACUCUGUGAAUUUUUUUCUUUUCAUUACUAACUUAAUCAAUGGAUGUUUCACUUUGGUUUAGUUUGGAUUGCCUCAUGUUUGAAAAACGAUUUACAAUGUCUGUUAAUCAUCCAUGGACAAUGUUUUCAUAUUUCUUCUUCCUUUUUUUUUUUGAUUGUUGAAGUGCCCAUGUGUCAAACUCUUUGUUUUUGAAUACACAACUUUUUUGGGGGUUUAUUUGCUGUAAUAUCUAGUUUUUCUUUACACACACACACACACACACACACACACACACACGCAACACUUAAUGUGGUUGCAUCAGUGGGAGCCCCUGAAGAGGAGAUCACUUGGACAAAAACAACCUGUGGGUCUCUGCACAUUUUAGACACAUUUUGCUUUUUAUCUAACCUGUUUGCUGUUUUCUGAUUUUUGUUUUUGUUUUUUUUGUUUUUCGCAUGGCACAUUUGAAAAGCUCCACCACUUUAGUGUUGGGAUACAAAUACAUUCCAUUAUUCUGCACCAAGUUUACACUUUUUAUCAGGGUGAAAUUUUCUCUCUUGUGCUACACAUUGUUAAAACAACCCUGCUAAAAAAAAAAAACCAAUAAAAAAUAACCACUUCACCCACCCUCCACCCMUUAAAAACAAAAAAAGUAAAAAAAAUAAAAAUAAAAAAAAUAAAAAGGGUUCCUAAACAAACUGCUUACCUGGUGGCGCUAAAGAGUUGUCAACUCAGGGGUUUUUAUGUGUUUAAAACUUCAACACGCAGGAUUAUGACACAAAAUGCACACUUUUCUCACCAUUUUUUUGAAUCUUUUUAAGUUGGGAUUUUUUUUCUCCUUUUUUUUGGUUUUCCUUUUAUUAUAACCCAAAAAUAUAUAUAUUAAAAAAAAUAAAAAAUACCAAAUUUGCAACAGCGCUCAAGAAAAGUGUUCUAGUUUUGUAAGGAAAUGUGAAGCACAAUUGUGGGAGCUAAACACUUUGACAGAAUGUGGUGAGUGUGUGUGAUUUUGAUCCAAAAUUUUCAAGGUACCACUGAUUUCUCUUUUAAUAUGGGCAUGUGCUUUUUACAGUGUUUUUUCUAUCCAAAUGCAAUACAAUAUUCAAAGUGCCAUAUAUAAAUAUAUGUCUAGAAACUGCCUACACAUUGUUAUUAGGCCUUGGUUUAGAGGUUGCUGCAGUUUGCCUUUUUUCCAUUUAAUUUGUUUUUUUGUUUUUUUUCUGGUCUGUUAAUGCCAGUGUCAUAAAGCCCUUUGUUACCUGCUAAUGUCCCCACUUCCCCCACUUUCCCUCUCUCUCCCUCUCUCUCCCUCUUUCUCUGUGCUGCGUUAUUGGUAAAUGUGUUUUGUGAUGUACUCGAUUUGAACAGUUGGUUUUUAAAAAAAGAUGUAGAUAAACAAUAAACUUCCCAAUACAUUUGAAGGUUAAGCGUCUCAGUGCGUAUUGAAACACUUCGUGAUGCCAACUCUGUUGUGAUCAUCUGUUUUUGUUUUUAUUUUUUUCCCAGAGGGGGAGGUUAAAGUUGAAAAGCGAGCUGGGGGGUCACAUGUUAAGACAAUUAGAUCGCAGGUGUUUUCCAAAGUAGUUCAUGGUGUAUUACAUUUUUUAAAAAUCUAUAAAAACAAUUAAAAAAAAAAAAAAAAAAAGCACAAUGUCUAGUCAGAGCAGUCCCAACAGGAACUGGACUCACUUCAGGGGCUUCCAUCUCAAAUCUCCAUCAGCUCUAACAAUCACUUUGACUCUUGUCGUUUCUCAUUUUGAAGUGCUUUUCUUUUUUUUCUUUUUGUGUGGGUAGCUUUGCAUCUCUGUAGAUGUGUUGAUCUGGGGGGAAAAACAAGUUAAAGACAAAAAAAAAGCUUAUUUUCUUGUCUACUAAUCAGUAGGACUUUAUUCAUGUUCCACCAAUAAUUUAAUCGAUGUUUCGUCUCGUCUCGAGGAAAGCCAAAGUGAGUGCAUCUUGAUGUGAGCUGUAUUAUACACACAGUAGAGUUUAUUUCUGUCCAAACUUUUGGAAAGAGGGUGGGAUUAAAAAAAAAGACGUAUACAGGCUGUCCCGAUUUCUACAACUGGUUGUUCAUAUGUAUUUUGUACCAGUGAAGCUUUUUAUAUUGGAAAUUAAAGGAAAAGGAAAAAAAACCACCUAUAUUGAAAAGAAUAAAAAAACAAACAUGUCUGGCCUCUCAAUCUGGCCUUGCCUUGACCAGGUCUUGAGUUUGACCUUUGGCGAUGUCUAGCUUUGAUUUUUAUUUUAUUUUGUCCCGCUUUAGCCUCUAAAAAGAUGCCUGAGUUUGAUUAUUACUCGGAUCUCUACAUGGUCCUCACUUCGUUAAUCAGUUUCGGGGGAGGGUUGGGAUCCUCUAAAUCGUGGUAAGUUUCAUGUUGGUGAUUGUGCUUUCCACAUAAUUUAAUGGUCAGGAUUUUUUGACACCUUGUGUGGAUAAUUGUCUUAGUUUAAAAAAAAAAAGUUGCGUGUUUAGUUUAAAGCUUUGCUUUUUACUUGUGUAGUUUUUUUUGUUUUCCUUCCCACCAUAGCGGAGUGUGUAGUUGGAAGAUUGUUUUAAUUUUUCUUUUUUGUUUUGAUCAGUGUUCGUUUGUGUGGUGUGUUUCUUUGCCUCUGUCUCGAAAUUAAACCAUUUCCCCUAAUAUGGA